AUGCAAGGGUGCGGAGAAGGUACCACCCUGCGCUACAGGCUGACUCUGGCUUCAGGGAUGGUGGAAUGCCUGGGCUUUGCUGGCCUGGUGUUUGGGUUUGCAUCGCUGGUAUUCGUGCUGAAGGCAGAUGGCUACUUCAGUGAUUUGUGUGUCAGUCAUCCAGGCACCAACACUACAGGUAAAACACCCAAAGGUGGUCAGGGUGGUUCUCAAGUCCAGUCCUCGAGGCCCACUGUCCUGCAUGUUUUGGAUGUUUCCCUGCUCAACACACCUGAUUCAAAUGAUCAGCUCGUUAUUAAGCCACUACAGAGCUUAAUAACGAGCUGAUCAUUUGAAUCAGGUGUGUUGGAGCAGGGAAACAUCCAAAACAUGCAGGACAGUGGGCCUCGAGGACUGGACUUGAGAACCAGUGCUCUAAAUGGACCAAUAUUUUCAACAUUGAACUCAUGCUGCUUUGGAGAGGAUUUAAAACUGGCAAAUGAGGCUGCUUGAUAAGUUUGAGCAGACUCGUCCUUAAGAUGGAGGUAUGAAAGAAAGAGAGGAUUCAAAAGUAGGCGUUUAGAAGUAGCAGUAAUUGAUCUGUGUCGCUUCUGGCGCCCCCUGUGGACAAACUGAUACUGUACAUGUCAAAGUUGUAUUUCCAGACUUAAACGCUUUUUGACAAAGAAGUGUAUCACUUACUGAGAGUAUUUGCAGUGUUAAAAGUCAAAAGUAGGCUAUUUUUAUCUUAGUGACGGUCACCUAGCCCCUCACAGCAUCGUUAAGCCUUAAAAAUUAGGAUGGUGAAAUUAACAGAACAGCUGCUGAUGGUCUCUUUUGCUUUUGAAGGUCAUAAAGAGGAACCAAUUACAGUUUUAGUCUGUUUCUAAACCAGUUUGAAACUCCUUGCUGUGCCUUCAGCAUAUUUCAUUCAUUCUUAUUGUGUCUGAUUUUAAUCUUAUUUUAUUCAACUCAGACUUUUUCCUGUGAGCGGAUUGUUUUGGGCGUUUUAUUGAUGUCCUGUUGGAAACUCUGUUGACUGUCUCUCUAUUGUGUUAAAAGCACUUUGUAAUUCCAGUUUUGAAAAGUGCAAUGUAAAUGUAGCUUCUUUGUCUUUGCAAUAGUCGUAACAGACAGACAGACUGUAGGGAAGGGUAUAAAGUUAUUCUGGUCUGCUCGGCUCAUUGAUCCCUAAACUCACAUCUUUAUCUCCCAUUUGACUGGCGCUCUGUUAAAAAUUGACUAAUAACCCACUGACUAUAACCUCUGUUCUAAUGGCAAGUUUUUGCAUGUAUAUAUUUCCACACAAACAUCCAGCAAAGGCAAAAAUAUCAUGCAUUACAUUCAGUCCUCAUCCUGCUCUCAGUGUUCACUCUAUCUGUCUGUUUAUUAAUAUCCCAUCAUGAUCUUCCGUUUGCAGACUGCAGCAGGCAGGACGAGCAGUUCUCCCUGAUCUUCACCAUCGCCUCUUUCCUCAAUAACUUUAUAAAUCUACUCGUCGGCUACCUGUUUGAUCGAUUUGGCACUAUGGUGACCAGGCUCCUGGGCAUGUGAGUUCAUUUUGGUUGAACCUCUGCAAACACAAACCAAGACAAAUCUCAACACUGAAACUAAAGACUCCAUCUGUGUCACUUUCUAUGUUAAUGUAGGAGACUCACAACUUUAUGACAACUUUUGAUUUUCAUAUUCCGGGUUUUUACUUUUAAAAAUGUCUCACAUAGCAUGAUGAAAUUCAGUUUUAAAGAUGGUCACAUUUUGAAAGUGGUGGUCAUUAUUGAAUGUGUUACAUGGGCACGCUCAGGAUAUGUGAGGUCAAAUGUAUGUUUCAGUUUGCUCUUGGGUUCAGAUCAGUUUCUACAGUUUUCAGUUGGAGUGAGGGGGUACCAGUUUGGGCUGCAGAGAUAACAGGGAGUGUCUGACAGGGACUGAGAGAUUACAGCUCACUUCAUUUGACCCCAGAUCACGUUUGAACAGCCUGUUUUUGUUCACGGAAAACAGAAAUCCCUUAAAAGAAAAAAAAAAAAACAGGCAACCCAAGUUCAGACUGAAAAUUUGUUAGCUGCAAACGCAUUGACCCCAGACUUUUCUCUACAAAGUUACAUUUCACUGGAAACACGUGCCCGCACUGUUGUUACACAACUUUUUGCAUGAUAAUGUAAGAAACGAAGAUAAGUAAAUCCUUCCAAGAGUUGCUCUGUCCUGGGACAGUGAGAGUUGUAAUGUUAUACAUUGACAGUUUUGUUACUCAUCUAUUCUUCGUGGCACACGUGGAUGCAUAUCUUUAGAUAACAUAAUACAGGUUAUCAGGAUGACUGUAUAACAACACCAAAACGGUGAAAAUGUCCUUUAAAGUUAUGAAAAAGACUUUCAAAUAAAAAAAGUACAUUUUAAAACAUCAUUUCAGUUCAUAAUGGUGAGAUAACUGUUUCUUACUUCACCUCAGGGGAACAUACUCUGCAGGGGCCGCCCUGUAGUUGAUAAAAACAUUUGAAAGCCCCUUUGCUCCUUACCAAACAGCUAAGCUGCUUGGCAUCAUAUUAGACCCUAAUCUAAAUCAGACUAAACACAUACAGUAGAUAAUAUAGUGACAAAAUGGGAAGGAGCAUUGCUGCAUUGCAAAUGUUCAAAGAAAUACACGGAAAGAAGUGACACAGGCUCUAGUCCUGUCACACCUUGAGUACUGCCCUGCCAUUUGGUCAUGUGCUUCAAAGAACUGCAACAAUUGCAAAUAGCUCAAAAUAAUGCUGCAAGAUUGAUUCUCAAGUGCUCUAAGCGCACAUAUGUCACAGAAAUGCACAGAAAGCUCUCAUGGCUUCCUGUUGAUAAUAGAUAACAUUGUCAUACCAUCACUUUUUUCCAUAAUGUUUUAAUGGACAAGAGACCACAGCAUUUAUACGACCAAGUUUGAUAUACACAAAAUGCACAAAACUACAUGACUCUUUCUCUGUACAGUUCUUUGCACACAACUGGGACCCUCCUGGUGGCCUUCUCCUCUGCUGGUAGGUGACAAUUGCAACCUGUCCACUGAAUUUUAAAGUCAAGAGGGUGGACUUCCUGUAGUCUGUUAUGGCUAUUCAUCAAUUCUCUUUGAUCUUAAAUUGAAUGCAUUCAAUAGUCCCCAGUAACAGCAAGCAGAAAGCUAUCCUAGAGCAAAAAAUUAGUCACAAAUAGUCCUGAAAUCGAUUUUGUCUGAUUUAUCACUCUAAUAGGGACUUGAGAGGCAAUGAAAGAUAAAAAAAAAAAAAGAAACAAACAAACAAACAUAGCUGGUUAUGGUUAUGGUUAUCAUCUAAAAUGAACAGUGAUCCAUCUUUAUGAGCUGCAAAAACUUCAGUAACAAGAUUCACAAUGUCUAUUUUGUCAUUUUUAAUAGUCGUUCCUACUGUGACGGGGUAGAUGUUAGAUGAGACACCUCAGAAACAGCCUCUCUUCAUCUUUUUACAGCAACUAUUUACAGUGAGUGAGAAAUCUGGCUAGUUAAAGAAAGCAGGAUAAGAUAUCAUGUCAGAAAAAAAACUUCAUAAAUGUUUUUGACAAAAUCAGCAAAGAAGUAGCAGAUGCUGCUCUGCCCAUUCGGGGCAUAAAAAGGGCCACUUUGAUGCUGAAAGUUUCCUACAGGAGCUUUAAGUGAUAAUGGAGAACCGUCAUUUUUGUCUUGUUUUUGUCUGCCUUUGAAUACCUAUUGGAUAUUUCUUUUUUCAGCAUUUAUCAAGUAUCUCAUCUUUGUCUCAGAUUUGUUAAGAAGUUUGUUGUUGUUGAUGUGCUCAGACCAGGGUUUGACUCCAAACCUCAAACAUAAAAAAAACUGCAGCAAAAGUAAAGAUUUUAUCAAGCAGAGUCAAAGACAACCUCACCAUUCCAUCAGUUCAGUCGUCCAAAAUUUAAAAUUACUCACUUUACAAUUGUAUAAAACAGAAAGAGAAAACCCUCACUGGCAGGAUAGUUUUGUUCUGUUUUGCUAUAGUUUUGUUGGCGUUACUGCUUUUGGAAUAAAUAAAUUGUUUAGUCUUAAAAACUGCUCAUUAUCUCUUUCUCAUUUAAGUAGUUCAAAUAACUGAUUUUGCCCAAUAAGAAUUUAUAUUUUAUGAUGGUAAACGUAUGAGACAUUAACUAAAACUUCCAUUCAUCUUAUAAAUCAAUAUUCUUAUCUAUUCAUGUGAAAGUGCUGCUGAGAUUUUUACAUUUAAGGGCUUGUGUGAGACGCAACUGUAUUGUUUUAUUGUUGAGAUCAUAUUGACACAUACCGAAGGGCAUGGACUUAUCUUUCUUCCGGGUAACUAACUAACCGAUUUAAAAGCUUCCUGUUUUUUAUUUUUUAUUCAGUUGAGAUUUCUGUGAGAAAUAUUAGAAAUCAGUGUUAAAGUGAACUGAGGACUGCAGACAUUAAAGCAGGGAUUGAAUGUAGUUAGUAACAUUCUUAACAACCCUAAGAUUAGACGGGGACUUAAAAUAGAAUUUCAAAAAGUGCUUUAUUUGGUGUUAAGAAAAAACCUGGAACUGACAGAGCAGGAUAAGUUUUAAUAUUUUUGCUUUCAAGGUAGCAGCAGCAAAGAAUACUUGUUUACUCUCUCUUUUUUUGUUUGGAUACCAGACUUAAGUACAGAUUAGGCCAAAAUCAAGAUGUUAAUAAAAACUUUCAGAGACUUUCUGGAAGUUUUAGCAGCCCUUAAACAGAUUUCUUGUUUACGACUAAUGAAGCUAACAUGAGUGGGUUUUAGCAGACUAUCAAUUUUGAAUUGCAUUUUACAUGUUUAUGGCAGUUCACUUUCACCACUAGUAAAUUAAAUGUUCUAGAAAUCUAUCAAUAAAAUGAUUUCUUUAACUGUAUGGAGCACAGUAAACUCUGUUUUAUACUUUUGUAGCAUUUUCAAACCUGCUGUUUCCUGCAUUGUCCUGCAUCGCUGUGGGAGGUGUCCUCUUCCUUCUUACUAACAUGCAGGUAAAGUCAACAUUAAUUUAAAGAUUUCUUUAACUCACUGAAGUGCAAAGUUGAGUUUUGUGUAAAACACAUUCAAACUCUCAGGGAGCCCAGAAUGAGACAUUUUUCUGAUAAGUGUUUAUUUAUCUGUCUAUCUUUAAGGUAGGAAACCUGUUCCCUCAUCACCGCUCCACCAUUAUCACCCUCUACAAUGGAGCCUUUGACUCCUCCUCAGCUGUGUUUCUCCUCAUCAAGGUAAAAAGGGUGAACUAGUUUCUAUGAGUGGUUGUCAGGGACAUUAUCCAGGAAUUCUAUUUACACACACAUAUAAAAAAAAAACAUAUUCACACACUAAAGUAAAAACUUCACACACUUACAAGUGAAAUGCUCUCACACACACUACUGAAAUGUACUCAUACACACUUUUGAAAUGCUCUCACAAACAUGACUGUACGCCUUCCUGUGACACUGAAAUCUUAGAACUGUUUAUAAGAGCAUUUCAGUAGUUUGUGAGAGCGUUUAAGUGGUGAGUAUAAGAGCGUUUCAGUAGUGUUUGUGAGAGUGUUUGAGUUGUGUAUGUGAGAGCGUUUCAGGAGUGUAUGUAUAACAGCAUUUCAGUGGUUUGUGUGAUCAUUUCAGUAGUGUAUCUAAGAGCAUUUCAGUAGUUUGUGAGAGGGUUUGUGUAGUGUAUGUGAGAGGGUUUCAGUCGUGUGUGUGUGUGAGAGAGUGUUUGAGUGGUGAGUAUAAUUGCAUUUCAGUAGUGUUUGUGACAGCGUUCAAGUAGUGUUUGUGAGAGCAUUUCAGUAGUGUAUGUAAGAGCAUUUCAGUCGUGUUUGUGAGAGCGUUUGAGUAGUGUUUAUGAGAGCAUUUCAGUGGUGAGUAUCAGAGCAUUUCAAGUGUUUGUCAGAGCAUUUGAGUAGUGUUUGUGAGAGCAUUUUAGUAGUGUAUGUAAGAGCAUUUCAGUAGUGUUUGUGAGAGCAGUUGAGUAGUGUAUGUGAGUGCGUUUCAGUAGUGUGUGUGAGAACACAACAUUUCAGUAGUGUGUGAGAGAGCGUCUCACUUGUAAGUGUGUGAGGUUUUUACUAUAGUGUGUGAAUAUGUUUUGUUUGAUACGUGUGUGUGAGUGGUAAUCUUGAAUAAUGUCCCUGACAGCCAAGUUUCAGUGAGGCAAUUUUAAUUUCAAAUUGUGCCAGUAUCAGAAAUCAUUUAGCCGAUGGGGAAACAUCAUAAAACAAUAACAGCUCUCCAAGGCUGUAGGCUGUACUAAGUCAUUGAUUACUCACCAAACUAAGACAGACAGCCAAAAAAGAAGAAGAGGACUCUGCAAAAGUGGUGAAAACAUAAAAAAAGAUGAUUUUAGGUCCAUGUUUCACAAAGUGCAAGACAAAAUGCAAAUACAGGCCUGCAAAGUGUACUUCAUAGAAAACAGAAGUUACAAUCUAUAGCAUACCAUUUAAGCAGCAUGAGCUCCAACUUCAGUUGAUGUCAUCUAUUCCCUACAUGUUUAACCAAAACCUUUUCUGCUUUUCAGAUUUUGUAUGAACAGGAUGUUUCUCUCCGUACCUCCUUCCUGAUUUUGUCCUUCUGCAGCAUCAUACAUUUGUUCAGGACCUUUGUGCUGAUGCCUCGAACCCACAUCCCCUACACUCUGCCACAGCACUACACCUACGGGUGAGGACAUGAACCAGUCUGUUGCAACUAACGUAUUAGGAUAAACGGAUCACAUUUAGACUGUACAGUCAUAUUUGUUGUUUCUUCUGUCUAGAUGGGAUUGUGGAAAAGGAAACACCUAUAAUGUGGAGCAGCUGGAAAAGAUAAGAGAGGGUGGCAUGGGAACGUCUUUGGAGUCCAGUGAAAAGGACAAUUUACCUCCAGCAGCUGUGGAUGGGACACACUCUGAAAAAAAAGGUAGUAAUUCUUUAGUUGUUGACAUUAACUCCCUCCUGACUGGUGUUAAACACUUUCAUUUAGCAAACUGCUUUUGCUUCUAUCUCAUUUACAACAAUGCUUUAAAAAACACCAUAAAUCCUCAAUUAAUGACCAGUAUUUAGUCAGCAGCUGGGACAGACUUAGAUUUCUGGGAAUAUGGAGAACAACUUAGUGGUGAGUUUGCAAUGAUCACCACAACCAUCCAUACAUCCUGUACAGUUAGGCUAUAACCACAUCAGAUUAGAGUUAACCAUUUCACAGGUCAUCUUUGUGUAGUUUUUUCUCUCUUUUUCUUUUUGUUGUGACUGAGUUUACCGCUCAGUGCAUCUUCACGUCCGCCCAGAGCUGCUUCGUCAGCACACAUCCUGACAGCACAAAAAUAAUGCAUUUACAGUAUGUGACAAGCUGACUGAAGGUGAAGAGUCUUUGACCUCUUGGAGCGAACCAGGAAAUUAUUAUUUUAAAGAUAAAUGAUUAAUCAGUCAGGCGUACCAGCACCAUAAGUAAAUAAGACUUUAUUCACAAAGAUUCAGUCCCUUUGAUUCACCCCUUGAAUCUCAAUGUCACUAUUUAUUCAUGGACUAUUCACAGACAACAGCAAUGACUUUAAUUAAGUAUACUUGGAUUUAAGAAGUUUUCAGUUUUGUGAAGGAUGUGUACAGAUUUUAAUGUGGCUAACAGCCAUUUGUUGUGUUCUGAUAGGUUGCUGCUCUAGUGCAGCCACUGGUGUUUCUAAAAGUCAUUGUACCCUGAAGUUCACGUCUCGAUUCAUGUCCAUUUUUUUGCCUUUUCAGUGGAGAGUUUCUGGAGCUGUGUGCAGUCCUGGUUCUUCAUCUUGCACCUGCUGUGGUUGUCUGUGAUGCAGCUGAGGCAUUACCUCUUCAUUGGCACGCUAAACCCCAGGCUCACACGGCUGGCGGACAAUGACCCCGACCUGGGUAGGUUAUCAUAAAUGCUGUUGACCCUUUGUCCCACAUACUGACUGACUGAUCUAAAGUUAUAGCUUUGUUUAUCCCUGAAGUUUCCAUUUUCAUCUCCUCAUUAUGACAAUCUAACCUUAAACUGUGUUGUCUUUUUUUUGCUUUUCCCUGUCAUCCUCAGUGAGUAAGUACACUAAUGCUUUUGCCAUGACCCAGAUGUGUGGAGUGCUGUGUGCUCCCUGGAAUGGACUCCUCAUGGACAGACACAAGGGGAAGCCCCUGGCUCCAGGUAAAUCAGUAACUGACAGUAAAACCUCCUAAGUGCAGCAAAGCCACUUUCAUUGUAACAUCACUGUAACUGUUAUGCCUCCUGCAGGAGUAACCGAGCAGGAGGCAGACCUACGCUCCUCUGUGCUGUCUCUGUUCUUAACCUGCCUGCAGUGCCUGGUGUUCUCAGUGUGUGCCUCCAUCCCCUUUCUCCCUCUCCAGUACCUCACCUUUGUUCUGCAAGUCCUCAAUCGUUCCUUUCUUUAUGGGGGAACUGCAGCAUUUGUUAGCAUUGCGUGAGUAGCAGCCAUACACUUAGACACACUCUUACACACACUUCGGACAAAAUAGACGAGAAAUGAGAAGAUGCUCUGCAAAGUGGACCAGCUUCAGACAACUCAGCUCUAAACCUUUAUUUCCUCAGAGUUUUGGACUGCCUGGUCUCUUUCUACAGCGGUAGUUGCACUAUUACUCAAAAAAUUCCAGUUCCUGGUUCAAAGUUUUGCAAUUGUUUGUACAACCCUAAUUAAAAAAAAAAAACAGGGCACUGUCUAAAAUGUUGGUAAAACAGAACUUGAUGGUUUGCAAAACAUGUGAACAUUUAAUUAAAUUGCAAUGUGUGCAAAGACAAUCUAACAAAUAUUGACAGACAGUUAUUUAAUGAAAAUCUUAAGCUAAAUUUUAAAGUUGAUGCCAGCACAUGCUGCAAAAAGGUCAGGACAGGCCCUGAAAAAGCUGUGUAGAGCUGGAGGAAAGCCUUGAAGAACAGUCUACUUUAGGUCGCCUGUCGCAGCCUGCCAUGAUCCUUCUGUACAACUUAAGUUAUGUUUCAAGUAAAUCAGGUACAUAAGAUUUGACUUGGACUGCAAAAUCCCUACUGAGGUUUAAUCCUGAAAGAUUUAUGAACUGAUGAGCUGAACCAAAAUUCAAAAGGCUGGGAACUAUUCUUACCUAUUUACUCGCAAAUGUGGAUCUUCUCUCGUCUUUGUCUGCAUACACACAGCUUCCCAUUUCCUCUUAAAAUAAUCAUAAUAAAAAAACCCAGCUCUGUACACUGAUGACCAAAAAUUUGGAUGCUGUUAUGAAAAUGUAUGAAGGAAUUAACAAGUGUCUCAUACAUGUUUAAGACAAACAUGUUAAAUUUACGUUGUUUUCUCUCCUCUACAGUUUUCCAGCAGCUCAUUUCGGAAAGCUGUACGGCAUGGUGAUGUCUUUGUCUGCAAUUUUUUCUCUGCUGCAGUACCCCUGCUUUUCCCUCAUCAAAGGAACUCUUGGUGGAGAUCCCUUCUUUGUAAGUUUUCAGUUUCAAUGAACACUUGAGAAAACCCAUCCGAUUACACCCUUAUCAACAUAUUGAUGCUCAACCCAGAAAGUCACAAAACCUACAACACAGUCCUUCACAUUCAGGUUAGGUAUCACCUUCGACCACACCCACUCAGACCACUCGAGAAGACAGAAAGUGAGGUAUUGUAACUACCUACAGAUGAAUAAACAUCUGGUGUUGUGAUCUGUUCCAGGUGGAUCUUGCUCUGAUAGUCCUCACCUUGAUGGUGUUCAGUCAUCCUGCCUACGUCUUCAUCCACUGCAGGAGACUAGCCCGCGAGCGGGAGAACCAAACCCAGACCAAAGCUGACAGAGGCACCAUAUUGGCCGAAGCAAAGUUAUAG